GAUAGUGUUGUUAUGUAGACAUGAACUGGACAUGGACCUAGACCAGACUGAACGUCCACGUCCAUAUUCCAAAGAUAUACAGAUAUUUGGAUAUUGUCUGCAAUGCUGUAAUAUGAACUGA